GGACCAUGUCGCCAUUUUGAUUCGAAAAAAUAUGACUGAGUUUUUCCUGCUUUGCAUGCUAAACUUAGACCCGUUUAUACAUGAUUCCCUGUGUUAAGUACACACCGUAAGUAGGUUGAUCUCCAGAAGCGGGGGCCGAGCUGUCCGGUGUUAGGGUAACCAGCACGCCACCAGAGAACAUUAAGAGUAAGGUUAGCUUAGCUUUAAGUUAGCGCGUGCUGUCGCAGACUGACCCCUUCAAAACAAAACACAUACCGCUAGCUGCUAGUGAGCUAACACUAACUUAGUACCGCUUCAUCCAACCACCCGCUCACUCACCGAGGGCGACGAGUGCAACAACCGGGGACACACUCUGACUUGAAGGGGAGUUUUGUGUGUCCUUGUCGAGCCGUGUGCCCUGAAGACCCUAGCUUGAGUUUGAAAACACUUAUUGCCUCAUCAUCACAAAGUUAAACGUAGUUGUGGAGAACCUAGCCUAACUUAGCGCUGACCAGGUUAACUUAGUUCGACUGCUGGCCUGGUGAUAUGAUCACACGCCAGGGUGUUUCGCCUAGUUAUUCACACAGGCUUCUAGGGAGGGGCACAUGUAUGCUGAACCGUCCAGUCUGGGUGUUGUUCUACGAGCGACUAGCCCCUUGCUGCUCCUGCUACCACCACACCAGCGCUAGCUCAUGAGCUAACUUCGCUACCAGAGUCACAGUUCGCCCGUCCAGCGGGGUCUGCUGCCACCACCUCCUUUUUUAGGCAGCAGCAGCAACAUCUACUAUAAUGAGGCUGACAUGUCUGCUGACAACUGGGACGGUGUGCGUGUGGGAUGCACUGUGCAUUUCAAGUGCAAGUGAACUCCCCGUUUCAGCUCCCCAAGUCACACCAUUAAGAGGUUUAAAAAAAAUGUGUUCUGGGGCUGAAAGUUCGUGCUACUGUCAUGGUUAAUUACCAUGGCCACUUUGGGAUCGUUUUUUCGUGCUUGUCGUUGUGUAGUAGCGUUGUGGUGAACGAUGUUGUACGGGAAAGGCGCUGUGAGUGUCCUCUCUCGGACACGAUGUCGAGUCAACUGCCCCUUUAAGCUUGGACCGCGUUCGUUUGCUCAGGCCAAAGAGUCUCUCAAACUGGCCGGUUAGCGUUGCAUAAUGUCUCUGUGCAAUGGCCGAGGCUUAAAGAGUACUUUGUAUUUGUGUUUAUUGAUUUGCUCCGAGGAGUAUCAGGACGUUAUUUAUUGGUUGCUCAUCUGGAGUUGGAAGUCAAUAGAAAUCUGAGCUCCCACCACAUGCCAGUCGAUGUGCGCACAGCACACCCUGCGAAGGCCACAGCAGAUCACUUUACAUGUCUUGUGCUUCUGGUCUUGUGUCUUAACCAAUAAAUUACAAAAUAUAGGAAGGGAUGGGUGUAAUAUAUGUGCCAUGGUGUGUGUCAAAGUCCAAGUUGUGCAAGUCCAGUAAGCCAUGUCUGCUGGGUAAAUAUGUACAUUAUUGGAAAAAUGUUGAUAUUUGAUGUUAUCUAUGAAUGUUUUAUUUCAAGAGCCAAUUAUGUGUUUCCUCAACAUGCUUACAGGUUUGCCCAGGAAAUGUGUCAGAGCGUUUUGAAAGUGUGUCAGACAUUCCUGGAACACCAUCAAAGUAUCGCAUGCUAUGGUGUUAUUAAAUAAGCAGUUAAACAACAUUUAAUUUGGCUGAUUACAAAACACUUCAUGGUUUUGUAGGGUUGGUUGAAAAAUGGAGGAAGUUCUUCAAUAACCUAAAUGGCCGUACUUCCAUAAUCACAGUUGAACAUUGCAUAAACAAACUCUUCCCUGGGCCUCUCUUUAGAACAAGCACAUACAACCAUUUUACCACCACCUUAGCAGCAGGUGCUCCUGAGCCACCAUAGUUACCAAGUGAGCAAACCUCAACAAACUUGAAUAGUGACACAACAAUUUAAAAUGUAUUGAAAUGGCCUAUGCGUUUCAUAGUUGUAUGCUGUCGUUAUUCUGUCUGCUUUGCUUUUCAAAUUAUAUGAAGUCAGCCAGUAAUGAGGUAGAUCGCGCCGCUGGAAGCGGAAGAUGUGGUGACAACACUUGAUAAAGUUUAAGGGCAGUUAGCGCACAGAGCACGCUUGUGGUUUUGUUUCUGAUGUGAAGCAGUUAUGCCUAUGGUAACUAUUUUAGUUUCAGUGAUGUACUCCUUUUGGACCAGGAAAGCUGCAAGCUUUUGCAUGGCCUUUUGGUCUUCUCUUGGCGUCGUGCCACAAAGCCGUAGAGAUAUAUAGGUCUAGAUGUAGCGAUAGUGGUAUGUUAAGAGUGCUCCACGGUAACUGUUGCCUAGUGGCUCUAGGCACCCAAAACAUGUUGUGGUCUCUGGGCGUGCUCUCCCCCACCCCCAGCACCACUCUCGGCUAGACUACUUUCACCUUACCCUAACAUUGUGGCACACACUUGUCGGUGCUCGACACAAUUUGGUUUGGUGAGACUAUGUCCAGAAACUUUCCUCAGUAGUUGUGGAUUGUUCCAAACGUACACUGUUGUUUACUUAAUUUUUUUAAUCAAAUAAAUAUGUUUGGGAUAAUAAACAUCAUGGCUCCCAGUUAUAGGAUGUCUGAAGUCAUUGGCGGUUUGCCCCCCACACGUGGGUACCUGGGGCCCUUUAAGCGUUGGCACGGGCCCCCCACCGAGACUAGAUCCUCGCUUGGAUCAUCUCGCUUGGAUCGUCGCUUGGAUCAUCUAUACUCGAGUAUAGGCCACUCGAGUCAUCGUAUUUACCAAGCUAAUAACCACUUCCGUAACCACUUUUUAUGAGGGGGUUAUGGGUGGUUUAUCAUGAAUACUAAUAUGUAACUUAUCCAUAAUAACUGGUUCAUUUAAUAUGUUGCUAAUGUGUCCCAUGUAGAAGAUGGCUGGGAUAGCUGCCCACCUACAACAUGGCUCCAGGCCAGCUUAUUAGUGGAAGUGGCCGCUGCCAACUCGGUCCCAUGUUACUUUGCGGACGGAUCACAAGCCGUGAUCUGGCUUUGGGGUUUAUGUUUGCUACUUGUCGGGACGGGUUGGGUGGUGAUAAUGCCGGCGGGGGGCAAGUCCCUGCAUGGGCGAAGCUCUGCAGGGUGUCAUUUACCUCAUUCAUAAAACCAGCUUUCUAUGAAGGCUCAACAGAUGAGCUGAAGGUGGAACUGGCAGGGACAAAGAUUAAGCUAAACCAACGCAUAAGAGCCUCAUUCAUUACCAGUCAGUCUGUUAGGUUUCGACCUUGUUUGUUAUGCUUACCCCCGAGUAUAUCUGCUAAUACCGCACUGACGGAGGUCCGGGCUGGUAGUCUGAGGAAGUACCUUCAUUGAAACCCGAAGCCUGAUCUGAGUCGGCAUAAUCCAGCAUGAUCUGUGUGUACUUUCGGUUCCAUAAGGGUUGGUUACCACUUUGGCUGGAUUUAACCCACAGGGGCCUAAUUUGCUUCUGCCACCAGAUUCAUUUGAGUCUUGUUGGCACAUUGUAAUCAUCGUCAAAAAGUCAUCAAACUUUAUUUACUGUAACUUUCGUUCUGUCUCUCGAUCUGGAAGUAAGUAUCAUGGGACAGCCAUACUAAAGUGUGGCGCCAAAUGCAGUCUCUCCUCAGGACAUCUGGUGCCAGGCGAACUUGUUAAUUGUAAUAGCAGGGACAGAGCCACACCCGGUGAGUACUGUGGCUGGUUCUAAUGAGGUAAUUAGGCUGAAAGGGAAACUUCAGAAAAUACAUUGCUACUUGAUUCACGACAGACGUGGGAAAACGUCAGGCUUAACAUGACAACUGGUGGUGUAUGCUUUUAGUUAUCCAUGCAUUUUUUUUAUAAUACUUGUUAACAGCUUUGUUCAUAUUUCUAAUGUUCAUUAACGCCAUUUAUAUUACGUUCUUAAUUUAACUCCAUCUACACGUUUUGCAUUCUGCUGCUUAUAGAAUUCAGAAUAUUGCCGGCUUAAGAUCACAUGUGGACUAAUGACUAAUGUUAAGAGUAGAGAGUUGACAGCCUUCUUCGCAUGGGGCCUCAUUAACCCGUUGGGCUCCCUGGUAAUCCCUCUACAACCUCAUACACUACACAAUACACACUACACACCUCUCACUUUACGACACACGGGUUCCUGGGCGCACCUAAUUGGUCGAUAAGGCUCGGACGUGAGACUGCCCAGAUGACACGUUGCAUCAUGAGAAAUCUGAGACGGAUCAUUAAUCUCGUUCUGAGUCGACUCUGGAAGGCCGACCCCGGAACAUGCAUCCCGGCAGCACGGGGGGUGUGACGGGAAAAACAGGGCUUUACAAUGCAAGACUGUUGGGCGAGUGGCGACUUCAUUGAACCUUGAAAUGUGGCUCUGUUUGGCUAGCUACAGUGAAGAGUGCGUGCUGAAUCAAAACUUUGUACUCGCAUUGUACUGAGUCAAUAAAAUGGAGGUCGUUAGUUUUAAUGCUUUUCUUUUCUUCCGAAUAUCUCCCCGCCAGGGACCAAAGAGCGAGACUCUCCCACUUCUAUUUUUCUUUAUUGGCGACUCGUGAAAGGACUGAAAACAACAAUGCUUCUCCUCAACUCGCGCCUGUGGGGAACGGAGUCACUUUGUCCUGGUUUUCAAUCGAGCCGUUUAUCAUGGAUCACAGAGUAGAACGUACAUACCUGAAUGAAUGAAUACAAUGAGAACUCACACCCCUCACCUUCUCCCGAAACCUCUUUUGAGAGUGUUUUAGGGAGUGUUUGCGGGGGAAAAACAACUUUCGAUGACGUGACCCACCUGUAGGAUCGUGAAAGAAACGGUAUACUCUCAUUUACUUCUAAUGAACUUAAAUACAGUAUGCGUCCUUUAAACCAGCUACUAAUGCAAUACAAAUGACCCGUACUUUGUCAAAAGGUAUGCAGGCAUAUAAUAAUGAAUAAUAUAUUUUUUAAAGUUUUACUAAGACCUUACUAAGAUUAUAUUUAGGGCAUUUUAGCCGACGCUCUUAUCCAAAGCAUUACAACGGUUCUCCCACGCUGACGGCGGAGUCAACCAUGCAAGCCGACAGCCAACCUUCACGAUCAGUCAGGGUGAGGCGUCUUGCUCACGGGCUCCUCGACACCCGGCUAAGAGGAGCCUGGGAAACGAACCAGCAACCUUUCCGGUUAAAAGUCAAACCCGUUCAGUCUCCUACUGGGAGCCGCACAUGGGUCGCGAGCCGGAGUUUGAAGACCACAGCACUAGAGUAACGGCCUCUUCCCCUAUCUCCACCCCAGGUUAUGGUGAGCCCUGGGCCGAGUCGUCUUCUAACGAGGCCUACGUUCUGAGCGGAGCCCCAUGCUGAUAAAUGCCGGGCCUCGCCACACUCUCUGCCGUCUGCACAAACACCGAUGCCUGCCUGCCCGCGCGGGAGGUGUGAAUAAAGAGACCCACGUUUCAGCCACUGGGCCGUGCCCCCCGCCCCGGCGGCCGCCGCCACCACCGCCGCCACCAUGUUCUGGAAGUUCGACCUGCACACCACCUCCCACAUCGACCAGCUGCUGGACCGGGAGGACGUGACGCUGCGGGAGCUGAUGGAGGAGGACGACGUGCUGCAGGAGUGCAAGGCCCAGAACCGCCGCCUGCUGCUCUUCCUCUCCCAGGACCACUGCAUGCAGGAGCUGGUGGAGCUCAUCACCACCGAGCCGCCCGUCGAGCUGGAGGAGCGCAGCCGCUUCAAGUUCCCGAACAUCGCCUGUGAGCUCCUCACCGCCGACGUGUCCAUCAUCAACGACAAGCUGGGCGGGGACGAGUCUCUCCUGGAGAUGCUCUACCACUUCCUGGAGCAGGGCCAGCCCCUUAACCCCCUACUGGCCAGCUUCUUCAGCAAGACCAUCGGUAAUCUCAUUGCCAGGAAAACAGAACAGGUAAUUUCCUUCCUGAGGAAAAAAGAAGGCUUCAUCGGCCUGGUGCUGAAUCACAUCGACGCGUCGGCCAUGAUGGAUCUACUGCUGCGCCUCAUCAGCUGCGUAGAGCCCGCCCCCUUGAGGCAGGAGGUCCUCGUGUGGCUGAAUGAGGAGAAGCUGAUCCAGAGGCUCAUAGAGCUCAUCUAUACGGGCAAAGAUGAGGAGAGACAAUCGAACGCGUCCCAGACGCUCUGCGACAUCAUCCGCCUUAGCAGAGACCAGGCCAAUCAGAUGCAGGAGAACGUCGAGCCCGACCCGCUCCUGGCCGUGCUGGAGUCACAGGACAGUGUGGCCGGGCUCCUCAAGUCCAUGUUCGAGGGCGACCGCAACGAGGCGGCCAUCGUCAACGGAACUCAAGUGCUCCUCACCUUGCUGGAGACCAGGAGGUCAGGGUUGGAGGGGCUGAUGGAGCUCUACUCUCAGGGUUACGAAAGGUCUUACACUGUCAACAGCAGUAUUUUACACGCCAUUGAGCCCCAUCUAAAGGACUUCCACCAGCUUCUCCUGGACCCCCCCAAGAAAAGUGCAAUAUUGACGACGGUGGGCCUCCUGGAGGAGCCGCUGGGCAACGCCCGGCUCCACGUAGCGCGCCUGGUGGCCGCCCUGCUGCAGACCAACUCCCCCAGCGUCUGCAUGGAGCUCUGUCGGCUGUCCUCCAUGGACCUACUACUGGAUCUGUUCUUCAAGUAUUCCUGGAACAACUUUUUGCACUUCCAAGUGGAGCUGUGCGUAGCGUCCGUCCUGAACCACCCGUCGGGGGAGGACCGGCCCAACGUGGGCCUGCAGAACCACAGCGAGCCCCCCCCCGCAGCCGCCACCCUGCCCGAGCCCCCGGCCCAGGAGGACGCAGGGGAGCCGGCCAAGCCCGCCGACCCCGAGGGCUCCACCCACAGCACACUGGUGUCCCAUCUCUUCCAGACGUGUCGGUUGGUGCAGAGGAUUCUGGAAGCCUGGGAGCAGAACGAUAAAAUACAAUCCGAGGGCGGAGCUAGGAGAGGCAACAUGGGUCACCUGACCAGGAUAUCCAACAUGGUGGUCCAGAAUCUGGAGAAGGGCCCGGUCCAGAUCAUGAUGGCCGACCUCAUCAAAGGUGGUGACUCUGAGUCUGCGUCGCAGAGCGCGCAGGCGUCUAGUGUCUCCUGUCCUGCAGAGCUGCCCGACGACUGCAGGGGGCGCUGGGAGAGCUUUGUGGACGGCACCCUGCGGGAGACCAACCGGAGGAACACUGUGGACCUGGUGAGCACCCACAACAUGCACUCCUCCAGCGAGGACGACGACAUGGAGAGCCCCUUCCCCAACGACCUCUCGCUCCAGCAGGCGUUCUCCGACUACCAGAUCCAGCAGAUGACCGCCAACUUUGUGGAUCAGUUCGGCUUCAACGACGAGGAGUUCAGCGAGCACGACGAGAACAUCAAUGCUACGUUUGACCGAAUUGCCGAAAUCAAUUUCAAUCUAGAUGCUGACGAUAAUAGUGCCAACGCGGCCGCGUUCGAGGCGUGCUGUAAAGAGAGGAUACGCCAGUUUGACGACGCGGACGAGGAGGAGGACAUCUGGGAGGACAAGGAGAUCAACUAUGCAACGCAAGCAAAGUCCAGAACGAGGUUCGGGGUGUCCAGCACAACGGAGGGCAGCUCCAGGGGCAGCCUGGAGAACGGGGGCGACCGGGACACGGGCUCCGGGUCCGGCUCGGACGAAGAGGAGGAGGAGGAGGAGGUGGAAGAGGAGGGGGAGGAGGAGGGGGAGGAGGAGGAGGAGUCCACGCAGACGCAGCAGCAGGAGCAGCAGCAGCAGCUCUCAGACGCAGCUCCGAGCUGGACGGCCAGCUUCGGGGAGGCGGGGGGCCCCACGACGACGUCCCCGUCCCCGGUGGGCUGGGAGGCAGCGGGGGGGAGCCCGGGAGACUCUCAGCAGGGGACCGGCUGGGCCAACUUCACCCAGUUCCAGCCCUUCUGCGGCAGCCAGGCUGGCCCUAGGUGCAGCUCUCCUGUGGACUCGGGAGUCGCAGACAAAGAAGCCAAACACAACCAGGACAAGAGCGGACCCGCUGCUGCUGCUACUGGUGAGGGAGCGGCGCCAAAGCCCCCCCCCGCCGCGUCGGACAGCAGCACCCCCCCCGCCUCCGUCGGCGUGGCGGGAGACACGGCGGCGGCGGCGGCGACCGUCGCCAUGGUAACGGAAGACGCUGCCGCCCCGACCGACGAGCAGAAAGACCUCAAGAGUGAGGAGAGCCCCCUCUCCCUGGAGAAGCUCUCCCUGGCGGAUCCCCCUGUGAUGGCCGCUGAGCAGCCGUGUUCUGCCGACGCGCCGCCGAGUGCGCAGGCCGACAGGAAGGAGGACCCCAAGCCGGCCGAGGUGUCCGUGAACGGGCCCGUCUGAGAGCGCGCCCGGAGGUACGCCACCCGCCCCACCCCACCGUCU